AUGAACACCCCUCCCAAGCCGGCAGCCACACUCCUCGAAUCCCGCGAGCGUCUCUCUCUGAUCCACGGCGUCAACGUGCGCAACAACGCCCACGCCGUGCUCACCCCGGAAGGCUUCGCAAUGCGCAAGGAGUACCUCGUCAACGCUUACCAGAGCGGCGCGUUCCUCAAGGACCCCGAAAACCGUGGCCAGCCCCCCGCAAACCCCAUGUCCGACCCGGCCGCGAUGGAGGGCAUGAUGGGCAUGAUGAAGGGGAAUAUGAUGAUGAUGAUUCCGCAGACGCUGAUUAUGAGCUGGAUCAAUGCGUUUUUCUCGGGGUUUGUUAUUUUGAAAUUGCCCUUCCCCCUGACCAUCCGCUUCAAGUCCAUGCUCCAAUCUGGCGUUGCUACUCGCGACUUGGAUGUUCAGUGGGUGUCGAGUUUGUCCUGGUACUUUUUGAACUUGAUGGGUCUUCAGCCGAUUUUCGGGUUUAUUCUGGGUGCAGAUAACGCUGCCAACCAAAUGGCCCAACAAAUGGCCAUGGCCAAUCCCGCUGCCGGUGCCAACCCAUUCCAGCCCGGAGCAGACCCGGACAAGUUGUAUCGCAGUGAGGCCGAGAAUUUGGAGGUUAUGGAGUAUUUCAGUCUUCUCGAUGGCAUUGAAGAGCGGAUGUUGCACAACUGGAGGUCUUGA